AUGGCUUCAAAAAAGAGACAAGAAAAGCCAUUCAAUUCACUAUUUGCAGGUGCUCUUGCAGGUGCAAUUGAGGGUUUUGUCACUUAUCCUACCGAGUUCGUUAAAACACAAGCACAAUUUGCUGCAUCGCAAGGUCAAAAGCCACCUGGUCCUAUUGCAAUCAUUCGAAAUACGUUGGCUCAAAAUGGGUUUCGUGGUUUAUAUGCUGGCUGUUCGGCCUUGGUUACAGGAAAUGCGUUGAAAGCUGGAGUACGUUUUUUAUCAUACGAUAGUAUCAAAUUGGCGGUUGCCGAUAGUAAAACUGGACAACUUUCAUUACCUCGUUCGAUAGCUGCUGGCUUCUUAGCUGGCUUAUGCGAAGGUGCUUUUGCGGUUACGCCAUCUGAGGCGAUCAAAACUCGUUUAAUUGAAGAUGGAAAACGACCUAAAGCUGAACGACAUUAUAAUGGUCUCAUCAGCGGAUCUGCUGCAAUCAUACGUAAAGAAGGUAUCUCCAGCAUUUAUCGUGGCCUUGGUCCAACGAUGAUGAGACAAGGAGCCAAUUCUGCAGUCCGAUUGACAACAUAUUCUGCUUUACGUACAAUCGCAACAAAGGAUGGCCGUAAACCUGGAGCGAUUGAAACUUUUGCAAUGGGUUCGAUAGCAGGAAUCGUGACAGUAUAUACAACUAUGCCUUUUGACGUUGUUAAAACUAGAAUGCAAUCUGAAAGGGCAAGUCAAUAUCGUGGCGUUGUGGAUUGUGCAGUUCAGAUUGCAAAAAAUGAAGGAAUACGAAAUUUUUGGAAAGGAACGACGCCUAGAUUGGUUCGAUUGAUCAUGAGCGGAGGAAUUGUGUUUAGCAUUUAUGAAGCAACAUUGGAUGCUCUAAAUGCUUUAGAGAAUAAAGUUGACAAGGAUAUUAAGCCAAAAGUCAAAGAGACUGUUUCGACAAAGUGAAGUAGUAGAGGCAUAUGUAUUAGUCAAAUGAUAGAUAGAAUGUGAUCAUAACUAUAAUCGCGAUCAAGAAUCGAUUGAAUGUCAAGUAUAGAAGCCGAAAAGCCAAAUGAAAGCUCUUUGUCCCGAUGCCCUUCCCCAGUAGAAGAACAAUGCUUUUAUUGCAUUUCGUACGAUAUGAAGGUAAGCGGGUAGGAUGCCACAAUGCAACAAUCUGCAUCCAUUCAUGGUAAUUAGCGUUAAACCUUAAUUGGUUGUUGGUAAG